CGUUUUCUCGCUCUCCACAAACGAUGUGUCAUGUGUCUUUUGUUUGUUAGGAUAUGCGUAUUUAUUAUUCUUAUGGCGCAAUAAAUGCCCUUUGAAACCCAAUUAAGGCGGUUCUAAUGCUACAGGUCCUUUGCAUCCGCAGAUCGUCUGCUAUGGCACAAACAAUCAUAAGCUCCUCCAAGGGACUUCUUUGUCUCGGACUACUGUGAAAGUACCUGCUAGCUCACAAUGUCACAGCAUGGGUACUCUCCACCUUCUAAUGUGGAAACUAAUGGACCGCCAACAGAGGGAGAUGGUAUUAUCGAAUUGCUCAUUGAAACACUGACUGGCAAUGCCUUCGGAAUGACAAUAUCUCCAUCUGAUACGAUUGCUGUUCUGAAAAGUAAAAUCCACAGAGUUGAAGGUAUUCCAGUGUCAGCGCAACACCUGCUUUUUAAUUUGACUGAAUUGGAGGAUAAUUCCAAAGUUAGUGACUGUGCUAUCAGCAAUGGAUCAACAUUGAGACUGGUAACUUCAAUGCGAGGUGGACCCAUCAGCACUAGGCGUGUCUCACCAACACCAGAGGAACGAGCGUGGAUGGAUUUAGUUGAUUCAAACAGAUGUGAUGACCUCCUCCAGCGUAUACCGUCUGGACAGCUGACAGUGCUUGUAUUUUGUGAAGGUGAACAGUUCAACCUCUUUCGAGUGGUUGAAAAUGCAGAUGGCACUUAUUCCCCAGUUCAAGAUUCUGCUAACACCUCCACAUCACGCAAUGCACUCUCCACCGAUGAGCCUGAUGCUGCUGCACAACGACUUCGUGAGAACACGGUCACAAUGGGGAAGAUGAAGGAGCUGCAGCGAAAGCUAAACAGUAGUCGCAAGGCUAAAAUAAGUGGAUCACAAGAAUCUCCAAACAUGGGAAUGACAUCAGUGGAACAUCUUUCCUCCACAAUAACAGAUGCAAAGGCCAGUCCAGCUCACUGGAAAAUUCAACCAACUUUGCAGUUGGCCUCUCAGUCUGAUUCAAGGUCUUCCAAAUUACCUAUUGAACACGGUUGUUCACCCUCUCGAAGUACCCAGUCAUCAUCAAAAAGAUCAAUAUCCUGUCCUCAUCGGAAAUUCACUUUGCCCCGUCUGGAAACUUCACAUUUAUCUCAGGCCAAAGGACCCCAACCAUCCCUCCCUAUUCCCUCCCGCCCUUUCCUUCCUGUGAUGUCCGUCCCCAGACGAGCAAAGCAAGAGUCUGUAAGGUCAUCUUCCUCAUCAUCUCAGGGGCCAUCGUUAAGAAUACCAGCUCCACCAAGGCUUAUAGCCCCUCCACUUCAUAUCCCUCCAUUACUUCAACGUCCCCCACCUUUAAGGCCAAUGUGGAACCAACGGCAAGGACCUGUUGUCGUACCAGAGUUGAAUCCAUGUUCAGCUCCAAUGCCUAAAAUCCGUACACUAUUAAAAGAAGAUACAGUGCAGUAUGUGAAUCCACAGCCCUCAUCUUCAAGGAUACCAGCAAUGUGCCAAAGUCGCAGACGAUUAGAUCCAAUUGUGCCCCAGAGAGAGCUUAUUACAAACUUGCACACUGGCAUUCAACAGCCUCAGUUGCAUGUUUCACCGAGCAGUCAAUCAGACCCGCAAAGUGGAGCUGGAGCUGCAGUACAUUUGGUACCGAUGGCUGCACCUGGUGUGCAGAAGAGGAAUAACUUAAUCAACGUCUCCAAUUGUGUUUUUGUACCCAACACUGUGGUUGUACCCCAGCCAACACCACCAAUGCAGAGUGCCUGCCACUUCGUUCUACUACGGGGCCCCACCACCAGUCCUGAAGAAAGAUUUACGGAGUACCUCACUGCAUAUCUUACUCAGAGUUUCUCACGUUUCUCUGGUAUGAUCCCAGAGAACUUGCCAGUGUGCUUGUCUCAUAAACUCACAAAACGUUUAUCACAUCACUUUGUUGGUGGCUUAUCCGAUGUUGCUGUAAAUCGACUGUCCUUGCACCUUUCCAACUGCAUAUGUCAGUUUCUGGAAGAGUGCCUAUCCAACAGAUGCCCCAAAGAUGUGUCAAGACAAGCUCUUCGCACUAUACUUGAAGAGAGGACAGCUCAAGGAUACCCUCUCAUCGGACACUGUAGGCAGGCAGAUUUAUGGGACCCUCAUAUGAGAGUUGCUGUGAGGGGUUUGCCGACGUUCAGUGCUGAUGUUGGCACUAACUUCAUUCAUAGCCCAGAGCCAACACGAGACAAUAUCAGGGAAACAAGAGAACUUUUUUCUCAAAUCCCUCGCUUUCAUUCAGCUCCCACUCCUCUUACCUCUCAGGGUGCGGGUGUGCGUCACUCUGUCUUUACGGGACUUCAUCGUGAGCCCCUGUAUGUUCGACUGAAUGAUUCCUCUAUGUAUCAGAGGGGAAUGGUACCAGUGCUUGUGAGACCUGCCACAAGCCCCAAAUUUCCUCCUCCAAUAUACUGCAACACUGUGCAAUCUGGUCCACCUUCUAUGGAAGUUCUGAGGCGAUUCAUUGAUUCUGUUCCACAAUUGAGACAGCCUCGAUUGCAGACUGAGAUACCUAGGGACCAAAGCCAGGUUCAAGUCAUGAAUGGAGUAGGCAGAUUGUCAGUGCCAUUUCGAUCACCACCUCCUUUUGCUGACCCAUCUCAGCAACCAGUAUUCGCAGGGUAUCAGGCCCCAAGAGUUAGAUGGCGCACUGUAAAAUACUCAGCUCACCCUAACUCGCCUCCAAGAUUGCCGACUGAUCCUGCUCAAAUUGAAGUGCAGACUGGAAAUGAUAAUGUUCAAGGCCAAGGUGAUAGCCAUUUAUCUGAAACAGAGUCCAAGUUACCAAAGAAGUCCAAUCAUAGGUGUUGUCAAUGCCGGAAAAAACUGACAAUAUCCAACAAAUACAUGUGCAGGUGUCAGAAGCUAUUUUGUUCAACACACAGGUACUCUGAAGCCCACAAUUGUAACUAUGACUAUAAGGAAGAGGGCCGAAAGGUGCUGCUGCAGGAAAAUCCACAAGUGAUGGCAGAGAAGAUAGUAAAAAUGUAAUUUACCCAUUCAACCAACCUUCUACCACCAACGUCUUCUCAUCUGCUUUUUUUUUCUUUUAGCUUCAUUUAAACUAAUAUCUUUCAAGAUUAGAAUUUCUUUGAUUAGGAGUGUGCAAAUAUCUUUCAGUCUGUAUUCUUUGUAGUAAAAUUGGAUGUUACAGAUUACUAAAUUAAUUUUAGUGCUCUCAAUGUGUUUUAACUAAAGUAGAUUCUCUUGUGCUAUUAACCUUCGUGAUUUAAAAUUUUUGCAAGUACGUUUCAAUUCAGUUUUUUGUUGUUCUGUUUUUGCUGCCAUUUUACUGGCCUUUUUGAAGUUUUACUUGUUACCAAUUUCCUCAGAACUUUGCUGGUCAAAGAACAUCACCAUUAAUAUUCAAGAUUUCAGUGUUAAUUUGACUGUUCCUACAACUUUGUAAAAUCCUCUUUGCUGUUCUGUUAUUAUUGUUAUUUUUCCAAAAAAGUGGGUUUAAUGCUGGAACGGAAAACGCAUACACUAGGAAAUCAGCCUCUAGGCCAAAAAUUUUUUGAUCUGCUGGUUUAACUUGAACAAAUUAGUUUCAAGUCAAAAUAUUGGAAACUCUUUGAGUUGUUGUGUGUGUUAGUCUGUGGAUUAGAUGUGUAAGGUAGUGGCUCGGGUUUGAGUCAGUGAGCAAACUGACAAUUUGGAUUUCAUGGUCCAACAUUUUACAUCAAUGAUGUCUGUUGGUGCUCACUCCUCAUCCUGAACUACUAUCUGGAUUGAGGCUAGCAUUACCCUCAGUAGUCUGGUAAUAAUCUGUGUCUGUGUCGUCCAUUUCCUCUAUAAAUUUGUUAGAAAUGUAGUUUCUUUUUAUUCCUCUGAGUGUCUUUAUCUGCUUGCACACUCCUAAAUUAAACAUCAAGUGCCCUUUCUUCAUUCCUAGGGUAUGGGUAAUAUUUAUCUGUUGUUCUUAUAUUUUUUGUAGCCUUAUCAGAAGAUGAUUGUUUAGUUACCUAUCUGCUCUUCUGCACUUACCCCUCCCAUCUUGAAACUUUGCGGAGGAAAUGUUGUGUUUCUUUGGUACAUUAUGUGUAUUUAUUGUGUAUGUUCAUUAGAGUGUAUGGAGAAACAUGGUUUUUCAAAUUUUGAUGCUAAAGGUCCAGAAAAUUUGUAAACCCUGUCAAAAAUUUCCUUUGCUCAGAUAAUGUUGAUUAUGACUUUCAGGUUAAGAAAUUGCUCCUCUAUGGUUGGUCGGUUAACUGGUUGAUUGAUUAGGAUGGGUUUUGGUGGAACCCGAAAUGCAGCCACCUUCUCGUGGUGGGUUCUGAAUCGUUCUGUACAGCGGGCUAAGAGCUGCAUACUAAAGUGGGAUGAGCCUGGUUAUAUUGGGGGUUGAUUAAUUUUUUUGUGUUUAGUCCCUGGCUAUAUCUCACUGUGGAAAGAAUGAUUCUUUGUUUUAGGGCGAAGAAGCCCCCUUUUGUGUCAAGGCAUGGAUGACAACUUUUCCACACCUCCCCCUCGUUGAAAUUUGAAAAAUCGUGUUAGUGUUUUUUUUUGUUGCACUCUCCAUUGCUUACGCCUCAUCUUCCUGUGUGGUUAAGGUUCUUUUAGUGUGUUGGGCUCGCCGAGCUUACAUAAUCUGCUGUCACUGUAUAUCAGCAGGCCUUGGCCCCACUGUAGGGGUACUGCCUUUACCUAUGAAAUCCAAUGAAUUACUAAGAGUUGAGGAGAUCUCUCUCUGCUUAAUGUUAAAGAUUUAUCAUUCUUACAUGUUAAUAACAUUAUUUUUGACUGUUUUUUGUUCUUUGCCAACUAAAAUGUAUUGGUGGUCACGCCAUAUGUGAUAUGUGAUGUGAAUCCAUUGUACGGUUGUGAUAUUUAAUAUUACAUUAAACUAAAAAAAUUAGUUCCGACUAUGCAUC